AUGCUAGCGCGCGUUCUGGGUACCGCACGACUCUUCUCCACCUCUGCGGUCGCGCAGUUCCCCAAGCUGAAGUCGCAUUCUGGGGCGAAAAAGCGGUGGAGGUCAAUAGCGUCUGGCAUCUUCAAACGGGGGAAGGCUGGACACAAACACUUGAAUGUGAACAAGAGCCCCGCGCGGAAAAACGCAUUGGGCCAGACAGCGUAUUCGAACCCAUCACAAACCUCACGGCUGAAGAAGCUGCUACCGUACGGUUCGCCAUGA